AUGUCGUUAGUAGCCGCUUAUGAUAGUAGUAGCGAUAAUGAGGUACUUGAAGAGUCAAAACCUUCAAAGCAGGGCAAUAGUGGGGAAACGAAAGUCAAUGCAAAUCCUUCUACUCGUCAAGGUCUCCUUAGUUCGUUACCACCGCCCAAGAAAGUCAAUGGAAAAGUCAAGAUCGCUAUGCCGUCGUUGCCCUCGAAUGAUUCCGACGAUGAAGAGGAACCCGAGAGUACUAAACCAAAAUAUAAAUAUAAGGCCGGUUCUAGUUUGACCGAAAUGUUACCUGCACCGAAAAACGCAAUGUUUGCAAAGAUGAAAGUUAUUAAGUCUGAUACAAAAAGUACCGGUACUGAACAAAGCAAACAACCAAUGAUACCUUAUACUUUAACUAAAAAAAAGAAUGUUCGUCAGAAUAAACCUACGCCAAACGAAGGCAAAAAAUUUAGUGGAAAUCUCCCGGAAGAUGAAGAUAACUACGAUGCAGGCGGAUUUUUUGGCAACCUACAAGACAAUCAACCUGACAAAACUUUGCAAAGGUUGCAGUCAUACGCUUAUGUUAUGCCAUUAAGUUGUGUAUGA